ACGACCAUCGAGUGUGGUUCCGGUGGGGUCGAUCACCACGUAGCGUAGUGUGUGCAUACCCUAACGCAGCAUUCGAGAUUUUGAACGCGCGCGUACCGAACGUAUCGCUUCGCGCCAAAACUACGCUCGAAAUUCAACUCGCGGAGUGAUUUUGUUUUUAAAAUAAUUCGAAUUAUUAGCAUAGACUUAUUGUUUAUUAUUUUAAAUUACAACUUUUGAUAGUUCAGUUUUUUGAGGUACAAUUUAUUUAGUUAAUUUUGUUUUGAAAAUGAAACUUUUAUUGUGCAACUUUAAAUUGCCGGUAAUAAAGUAAAAUAAACAAUUAUUUUAGUAUAGCAGUUAGUUGUAUGUGCAAUGUUUUGUGAAUAACAAAGGAAAUUACGAAAAUGAAGAUGAUUUGGACCUGUAUUGCAAAAGUUUUAAUUUUAUUUUUGUCGACGAGAAGCGCUGAUGCUGUCCAGACCUUUGUUGAAAUGCCCAGAUAUACGGAGGUGAAUCCUGGUGAAGACGCCUUGCUCAAAUGUAGGAUAUCUAAUAAGAAAGGCGUAUGCUCCUGGCAAAAAGACAACAAGCCCGUGGGCAUUUAUCCUGGAAAGUACGAGUGGGCGAACGAGAACAGCCCAGUGGGUGGCGACUGCUCCAUCUGGGUGAAAGCGGCUACAUUACCCCUGGAUGACGGGCAGUGGCAGUGCCAGGUUACCGCCAGCAACUACGAUGUGCCGGACUCCCUUUCUAGCCCGCCAGCCACGCUAGCAGUUCGCGAGCCGCCCCACAACCCUCGCAUCUGGUUCAACGGUUCCCAAGUCAUGAACGGCCAGAACAUCACCAUCCCCGCUGGCUCCAGGGCCUCCGUCACCUGCGAGGCGAGGUUCGGCAACCCCCCGGCUUAUAUCGAGUGGUAUUUGGAAAAAGAGCGGCUGACAGCGUGGAGCCAGACCAACACGACCGAGAUGGAGAAGCCACGGCGCUGGGCUGCGCGCUCCACCCUGGAGCUGGGCGCCACCCGGUCCGCCCAUGGUCGGCAGCUGGAGUGCCGGGCCCACCACCCGUCCUACAAGCCUCCCUAUUACAAGAACUCCUUUGCUCUGCUUGAUGUCACUUUCAUUCCCGUGGUGUCCAUCAACGGCGCAGACCCGAGCAUUCUAGCCAAUCUAGAAGAGGGCUCGAGUGCAUUGACCCUGGAGUGCCGAGCUGAAGGGAACCCGAAGCCCUACGUCUGGUGGACCAGGAACGGGCAGGUCAUAGCCACAAAUGGACCAAAACUUUAUCUAGCACCGGUGUCAAGAAACCAUACUGGAAUUUACGGCUGUCAAGCAAGGAAUACUUUAGGAACAUCGGACCCUGUUAAAAUCGAAAUUGACAUCAAAUACCCUCCUCGUGUGACGUGGGUGGGCCCGGACACAGCGGUGGAAGCCAACCUGUUCUCGCAGGUCACGCUCGAGUGCAAGGCGGACGGCAACCCCGAGCCCUCCUAUCAUUGGUACCACAACCCGUCUCCAUCCGGCUACAUGUCGUCGCUCGAUGACGACCGCUACCCGAUCUCCACCACGUCGCAGUUGCAACUUCACAACAUCUCCUACACUCAACACGGGCAGUACACCUGCGUCGCCAUCAACCACAUUGGAACUGAGGAGAGGAAAUACGUAUCCGAGCCCAUCAGGCUGAACGUGCUGGGCCCGCCGGUGGGCGCGGAGUCGUUCUCGUCGCACGCGUGGAGCGGACACGAGGCGCGCGUGCGCGCCAGCGUGUGCGCCGACCCCGCGCCGCGCCGCGCCUGCUGGCUGUGGGGCAGUCUGCGGCUCGACGUGCCUUCGCAGAUUGGUCGUUUCCGAGCUGUGGAACCAUCAGAAGCCAACGGCUGCUAUCGCUACACACUAUUGAUCUCCAACUCCGGGGAAGCUGAUGCCAGAAUGUACGUGCUGGAAGUGGAAAACGAACGAGGGAUAUCUUCUCACGCCGUCACCUUGACUAUACACGAGACGGCGUACGUGGCGCCAAUCAUAGCGGCCGCGCUCGUGAUCGCCGCGCUGCUCGUCAUCCUGCUCUGCCUCAUCAUCAAGUGCCGGCGGCGGAGAGAAAGCGUAGAAUACAAGACUGAUGAUUUAGAUAGUGAAAAGACAGUGCUGCCAGCGGACGCGGUGUACUCCCCCCGCGAGCAGCCGCGCGCGCCUCCCCCCCGCGCGCUGCUGUCGUGCAGCGUGGCGGGCGUGGCGGGGGGCGCUGGGGGCGCCGGGGGCGCCGGGGGCGCGGGGGGCGCCGCCAGCGCGCGCUACUCGCCCGGCGCGCUGCAGGUGCGGCGCGCGGCCGUGGUGCUGCAGCCCCCCACCACCGUGUGAUGCACAGGAUGCGCUCACAUCGCUGGAAAAAGAAGCCAAAGAGAAUGUCUACGCGGUCCUAGACCCGCACAUUCAGUAUGAAUUAACAAUAAAUAAGCACGGGGAGCCGCCUAAGUAUUUGUCGCUGUCUAAGCCCCUAACACACCA